AUGGAGCCCAACACCAACACCAACACCAACACCAGCACCAUCACUAUGUACGGCGACGAUUACCUCAACACCAUGCUCAACAGCGACGGCGAAUGGGACGCAGAUCUUCUCUGGUGUCCCGACAACUCCAUGUUCGGCUUGACUCCAGACGGGGGUCUCUUACCGAACUUUAUCGGAGCCACGAUAGCGAACACGGAGGAGGCAUUCCUUCGCCAAAAGGAGGUUGAGCGCCAAUAUCUGAAGAGGCUGCGAAAAAAAAGAAAGGCGAGAAAGCAGCGGCAGAGGAAGGAGAAGAAGAAAAGGGUCGCAAAGGCGAUCAGGAAAAGGGAAGACGAGACUGAACUUGCAUUGGAGGCCGUGCUGGGCCUCACCAAGGCCAAGGCCAAGGGGAAGGGGAAGGCGAAAGCAAAGAAGACCAUAAGGGAGACCCAUCCUCUCCUGGUGUGCGCGGCAACAAAGAUGGGACUGAGGUUGGAAGACAUGAAGACCAGGGGUAAAGGGAGGAAAGGGAGUCCCGCCCCCUCGUGCGGUCACUUCCGCCUCCCCCCUUUGCUCUGCUUGUCUCCGAGAUCCCCCAUCUCGAAAAUUUUCCCCUCGUCGUCCAACAUGUCGUCGUCGUUCAUGUCCGUGUUUACCAUCUUGUCCCCCGCUCCGUUCCCUGCUGCUCCAGGGCAGCCCAUGCUCGAGGAGGACAAGUCCCAUGGCGCGGAGGGUUUCUUUGCCCCGGCUCUCUUCAGGGAGUUGGUGUCGUUCUUUACGGCCGACGAGGCGGCGUUGAUUGGGGAUGGUUUCCUUCUUGAGGAGGAGGAGAGCCAAUUGGAGGAAGAGGAGGAGGAGGAAGAGGAGGAGGAGGAAGAGGAGGAGGAGGAAGAGGAGGAGGAGGAAGAGGAGGAGGAGGAAGAGGGGGAGCAGGAAGAGGGGGAGGAGCAUGCUGUGUUUAUGCUUGUUCCUGCUGGUUUUGAUGCUCCUCCUGCCCCUGAUCCACCGGUUCAUGAAAUUGUGGUACCGGAUACCCCGCCCACUCCUUCCUCUUCGUUUUCCUCUUCGUUUUCCGCUUCUGGGCCGCCAACCUGA